AUGGCUGAAUUUAAAGAUGAAAUAAAUUGUGCUAAGCCACGGAGAAGCUAUCUAAUAACUUACAGCCAAGCUGAUUUGAAUAAAUUCCCAACUAGGCAAUCAUUCGCUGCUGCCGUAUGUGAAGUCUUCACUUCAGAACGAAGCAAAUUUAGGCCACAGCACUGGGCGUGUUGCCUCGAGAAUCAUGCAGAUGAAGGUUUCCACUAUCAUAUGGCGUUAAAGCUGACCGGCCCAAAGAAAUGGCUUGAGUGUAAACGAGCCCUGAAAAGAAAGCAUGGAGUUGUGGUGAAUUUUUCCGAUCACGACGGAUAUUAUACCGCGUACAGGUAUAUUUCCAAGUCUGACGAGAAUGUUUACCACAGCCCAAAUCAUCCCAACCUGGACGAAGUCGGAUCCCCCCAAACAAAGAACUGUCAGCGUACUUAUCGUCAAAGACGCGCAAAUAGACAAGCAGCCACUUUGACAACUACACCUCAGCAUGAUGAAGAACCUGAGAGCAACCCUCCGACGAAAAAGAUGAAAAAGCUGUCGAAUAUAGACGUGUCUGAAUUUAUUCACAGGCACGAUAUAAGAGAUCAAACGUCUUUCCUCGCAGUUGCCAAUGCUCAGCAAGAAGAGGGUAAGAAAGACCUGGCAAACUAUGCCCUUUCCCGGUCAGCGAAAAGCCUUGAUGAGCUCAUUCAGCAAACCUGGAGAAUGAAAAAAGCAGCUGCAGUUUUGCAUCGUCAAAAAACAUCCCGUAUGGAGAUAAUACGCGAAGCAGCCGCCGGUAAUUGCGUUGAGGACUGUGAAGGACUAUGGCUAAGGUGCGCUGAAGAAGUUUUAGUCAAUAACAAAUUGCAUCCAAUCUUGUUCGCCGCUGCCGUACGAGAUUUGCUAAUGCUUGGAAGAGGAAAAUACAGGAAUGUCAUGAUAGUCGGCCCGACAAACUGUGGCAAAACAUUUCUGUUUAAACCCCUCGCGCUACUAUUCGACACCUUUUCUAACCCUGCCGCAGACAAAUAUGCUUGGGUAGGUGCAGACAAAGCAGAAAUAAUUUGGCUAAAUGAUUUUCGCUGGACAAGGGAGCUGAUUGAGUGGAAGAGCUUGCUUCUGUUGCUGGAAGGAGAUCGUGUGAAUCUGCCAGCCCCAAAGAAUCAUUUUGCCAUGGAUGUCUGUGUCCAUACCGAUAUCCCAAUAUUUGCAACAUCCAAAGACAUCAUCAAAUAUCGAGGCUUGUACAACGCCGAAGACAAAAGUGAGGAUGAUAUGAUGGCGUCACGAUGGAAAGUCUUCCGAUUCACACACAGCAUCCCAGAGAGAGAACAAAGGCAAAUAACGCCGUGUCCACAUUGCUUUGCCAAACUUGUACUUUUGGGAGAAAUAAGUUGA